GCAGUGACCGGGGAAGAACUUCUCGGCAAUGGCCCGCACGAAGCAGACGGCGCGUAAGUCGACAGGCGGGAAGGCGCCCCGCAAGCAGCUGGCCACCAAGGCGGCCCGCAAGAGCGCGCCGGCCACGGGCGGCGUCAAGAAGCCGCACCGCUACCGGCCCGGCACGGUGGCGCUGCGCGAGAUCCGGCGCUACCAGAAGUCCACGGAGCUGCUGAUCCGCAAGCUGCCCUUCCAGCGCCUGGUGCGCGAGAUCGCGCAGGACUUCAAGACCGACCUGCGCUUCCAGAGCUCGGCCGUCAUGGCGCUGCAGGAGGCCAGCGAGGCCUACCUGGUGGGGCUCUUCGAGGACACCAACCUGUGCGCCAUCCACGCCAAGCGCGUCACCAUCAUGCCCAAGGACAUCCAGCUCGCCCGGCGCAUCCGCGGGGAGCGUGCCUAAGGC